AUACAGAGUAUCACCAGAAGAAUCGGCCUAACCCAAAAACUAUAAAUACUGGGGUCUUCACCAAAGGAUCCGAUGACAUAGAAUACUACGGAAGGUUAGAGAAUGUAUACGAGCUGACAUUCAAUAGGACAAACAUACAACUCAAUCUCGUUGUGUUCAAAUGCCACCGGUUCGACCCACAAGUUGGACAGAGAAGCACUCCUUCCAUUGGGUUAGUGGAAGUUAGGCCUUCAACCUGCUAUAGCGGAGCCGAUGUCUUUGUUGUGGCUCACCAAGCCAAGCAAGUUUAUUAUUUGCCCUACCCAUGUCAAAAGGAGUACCUCAAAGGCUGGGAAGUCGUGUUCAAGGUAUCACCACAUGGUAAGCUACCCAUGCCCUCCGACGAGGAUUACAACAACAUUGACCCUGUAACAUACGAGGGAAUUUUUUAUCAAGAGCAAGAGAACUUUGGGGAUUUCGAAAUAGAAAUUGGUCUUGAGGACCUCGAGAACGAGGCACAUCUUCAUGGUGAAACAGUGGUGGACCUAAAGGACAUACAAAUGCUCACCAAGUUACAUGAGGGCAAUGGGUUCAAUGAUGAGACUCCACCGGACAUUCCCACCCAACCUCAUUACUCACAUGAUACUGAUAGUGAUAGUGAAAAUGAGAACCCAAUGCCUCGUUAUGAGAACCCAAUGCCUCAUUAUGAUAGUGAUGAUUCGAGGUGAUUGAUCAAUAUGAGCGGAAGCAAGCAAUCCAUGAACUCCAUUUUGAAGAGUAUGAGCCAACAGAAGUUCACCGGGACCACUAGAAGUGGAAGACCAACGCGUGCCAGCUCGCGUUACGCGGACGAUGACACGGGUGGAGUUGGAGGUGGAGGUGUAGGUGGAGGUGGAGGACGUGGUGGAGGUGGAGGACGAGGUGGAGGUGGAGGACGAGCUGGAGGACGAGGCGGAG